AUGAUUUUAAAAGAAAUAAUAUUUUUAGUAGUUCUAGUUGCUGCAGUAAAUGCAGACUAUGUUUCGUAUAAGAAUUAUAAAGUGUACAAAAUAGUCCCUAAGAACGAAAAUGAAGUCCAAAUACUUCUGGACUUAAGAAAACAACCUCAAUAUUACUUUUGGAAUGAUAUUGUAAGUCUAUACAGUGAUGUGAAGAUAAUGGUAGCACCGAAGAAUCAAGAAGAAUUUGAGAAUUACUUCAAAAGUAUUAAUAUACCUGCUGAAGUCGUUUUCAAUGAUGUCCAAAAACUAAUCGACGAUCAAGUAAAACGGCCAGUUAGAAGAAAUGUAGUAUAUGAUUGGACCUACUACCUAACCUUAGAUGAAAUCAACGCCUGGCUGACCAGAAUCGUAGAGGAGCAUUCAGAUGUAGCCACUCUCGUGAACCUUGGAACUUCUGUUGAAGGUCGAACUAUCUGGGGUGUUAAAAUUGACUACAAAAAAGAAGAGAACCCAGUAAUUGGUAUGAUUGAAGGUGGUAUUCACUCAAGAGAAUGGAUUUCUCCAGCAACAGUGACGUACAUUAUCAACGAGUUUUUAACCAGUACCGAUGAAAAUGUUAGGUUCAUGGCAGAAAAUAUUGUUUGGCAUAUUUUCCCUGUUGUCAACCCUGAUGGAUACUAUUACACUUUCAACAAUAACAGAAUGUGGAGAAAGAAUAGAGGCAAGGAUAAUUUUACACCUUGUGCAAAUGUAGCAGACGAUAUAAGCAAUGGUAUCGAUUUGAACAGAAACUUCGGAUUUGUAUGGAUGUUAACUGGUGCCUCCCAGAACCCUUGCGCUGAAACCUACGCCGGUCCCUCUGAAUUUUCGGAGCCUGAAUCUAGAGCCAUAUCCAAUUAUGUUUUGUAUAUCAAGAAUCAAGGCCGUAUGAUCUAUUAUUUCGCUUUCCAUUCCUAUUCUCAAAUGGUAUUGGUGCCCUACAGUCAUCUUUCUGGAUAUGAUGUUAUUAACGCUCCUAAUUAUGCUGAUAUGUAUGAGAUUGCCAUCCGAGGUAUGGACAAAUUGAAGGCUAAACAUAACACCGACUACCAAGUUGGUACAUCGGGUGAUAUUUUAUAUGAAGUAAGCGGCUCCAGCUUCGAUUGGGUGAAGGGGGUAGCCGAAAUUCCUAUCGUCUAUCUCUUCGAGCUUCGUGAUGUCGGUGAGUUUGGGUUCCUCCUGCCGGCAGAACGUAUCAUUCCUAACAAUGAGGAAAUAAUGGCUGGUCUUCUGGAAAUGGAAAGAGUUACACGAAAUAUGGGAUAUUAUAAUAUCCAGAAUGAGUCUGAACCUGCCACUUUACCAACUACCGUUGAACCUUCUACUACAGCAGCUCCUGGUUCUGGAAUGAAAACAGUUUUCAGUGUUUUCCUAAUAGCACUUUGUCUGUUUGUCACUUUGUAA